AUGGCGGACGGAGGAGCAGCGAGUCAAGAUGAGAGUUCAGGACCAGAUGCUAAAGUGAAUAAUCAGUCAGAAACUACUAAAUGUGCAAUGGAAAGUGGUGACGGGAACACCGGAAUCCAAAUCAAUGGAUUGGACUUUCAGAGGCAGACGGUGCCAACCACAAGUGCAAUCACUAAUGCACAUGCACAAGCCCUCCUCCAACAGUUGACCCUGACCCCAGCGCAUCAGCAGCUGUUGAUCCAGCAGGCACAAGCUCAGCUCCUGGCUGCAGCCGUGCAGCAUUCAGCUAACCAGCAGAACAGCACCACUGGGGCCAGUAUCUCAGCCUCUGCAGCCACACCCAUCACCCAGCUACCCCUGUCACAGCCAAUCCAGAUUGCUUCUGAGAAUUGCUUGACUUCCAUAUCAGACGACUGCCUGACACUUGGUUUCUACUUAAAGACAUGGAUGCAGCUACAGCAGCAGAAUCUUAGCCUGCCUCAGUUUGUCCUUGUGCAGCCCGGCCACCCGAUCGCCACACCAAUGCCGACCACCCAGUUCAUCAUCUCACAGACACCGCACACCCAAGCAGGCAUAUUACAAUCCCCGAGUCUUCUAACUCAACUACCUCAACCAACCAACCUAAGCCAACCUAACCUCCUGCCGAGUCAACCAAGCAUCAACCUCACAACUCAGCCUGCAACCCCAACCCGCACAACAGCAGCCACACCUAUUCAGACACCACCCAAACGGUUGGAUACCCCCACUCUGGAGGAGCCUAGUGAUCUGGAGGAGCUGGAGCAGUUUGCCAAGACCUUCAAACAGAGGCGGAUCAAACUGGGCUUCACGCAGGGCGACGUUGGCCUGGCCAUGGGGAAGCUGUACGGAAACGACUUCAGCCAAACUACCAUCUCUCGCUUUGAGGCCUUGAAUCUGAGCUUUAAGAACAUGUGCAAACUCAAGCCAUUGCUGGAAAAGUGGCUCAAUGAUGCAGUUUGUGCAGAGAACCUGACAUCUGACCAGGGCCUGUCCAGCCCCAGUGCACUCGGCUCCCCGGGCAUGGGCAUAGAGGGGAUCAACCGCAGACGAAAGAAGAGGACCAGUAUUGAGACCAACAUCCGAGUGGCCUUAGAAAAGAGCUUUCUUGAGCAGAACCAAAAACCUACCUCUGAGGAGAUCACCAUGAUCGCUGACCAGCUCAACAUGGAGAAGGAGGUGAUUCGGGUCUGGUUCUGCAAUCGCCGGCAGAAAGAGAAGAGGAUUAACCCCCCGAGUAGUGGCAACAGCGGAGGAUGCCACACCCCCAUCAAAACCAUCUUUACACCCAGUAGUCCUUUGGUGGCCAGCACGGCGAGCCUUGUGAGCAGUCCAACUAUUAACACACCCACCACUCUGACUGUAAAUCCAGUGAUGCCUCUCACCAGCACCAGCGUCUCCAAUUUGUCUUUCACAGGGACGACAGUUGGACCCACAAACACUGCAUCUGUCAUAUCCACUGCACCUAUGGUUACCACAGUAACCAGUUCUCCAUCAUUAAGCCCGUCACCAACGAGUAUUCACUGUACGACCGCAGAGAGUAAAGCUGGCAUUCAUGCGCACACCAUCGUCACCCAGGCCCCAACAUCCAUAGCCACCUCUUUAGGGACAGGUCAGGUGAUGGUGACUUCAGGGCUGUCUGCAGCACUGCAGGGUGCCCAGUUACCCACCAGCAUUGCUGCUAUGGCUGCUGCCGCAGGGCUCAACCCAGGACUGAUGGCCUCCUCCCAGUUCGCCCCAGGUGGGGCCCUGCUCAGUCUGGCUCCUGGUGGCCUUGGCAGCGCGCUGAGUCCUGCCCUCAUGAGCAACAGCACCCUGGCCACCCUACAAGCUCUGGCAUCGGGUGGGGCAAUCCCCAUCACCUCUCUGGAUGGUGGUAACCUGCUGUUUGCCAACACCUCUGCUGGUAACACACCCAACCUGGUGACCACGCCGCUCUUCCUGAACCCCCAGAACCUGUCGCUGCUCACCAGCAACCCCGUCAGCCUGGUGUCGCACGGGGCGGGGGGGCUGCAGCUCACUGCUGAUGCUCAUCAAGCCACCACGGCUGCUGUGCCUGUGCAAGCCUCGACCAUUACCACUGCCUCCAAGGCUCAGUGAAGCCAGUUAGGCUGCAUCCCGAUUUAACGCCCUAUUCCUCAUGUCGUGCACUACUCUCACUACACCAUGUAGGGAAUAGGGAAGGUCGUUUGAUAUAGGCGCCGCGGUUCACUAACCACCCCAUGUUCUUUCCAUUGUAUCUAUCAUUAUUUAAUCCUUUCGCUGCCACCAAAAAGAAUAUGACCUCAGAUGAGGUUGGGGUUGACUUUUUGUUUUGUAGUUUGUUUCCCCUCUCUUUAUUGUUCUUGGAUGUUUUUUCCACAAACAGUAGCCAGAUGGACACUGUUGUUGGCCUGCCGCUCCUCAUGAACCUUGACAAGUGUCCAGGAAGAAAAUAUCCUCGGUACCAUCAAGCUGUUCACAUUUUGUACAUAUGUCCUUCCUAUUUCCAGCUCAGAAUUUUCUCUGAAAUACUUCUAACCAAAAACUUUAGGAUUUUUCUCUUUAAACAUUCAAACUUAACUGAUUUUACUACUAAUUUCACAAUAUUCAUCAUCACUAAUGGGGAUUUGUGUGUCACCCCAUCUUCAAUGAUCUCUUUUGAGUUUUUUUGGACAGGCCUUGAUGUAAAUCAUAUCAAAGUUAUAUUUUAGAGACUUUUUUUUUUCAUUUAUCUUUUAAUGUCUGUAUUUUUUGACAUUUUCAGAACUUUGUAAGUCUAAUAAGUUAAGAUUUAACUAUCAAUUUUUAAUUGUGGUUAUAAGGCUUUAAAAACAAGUAAUAAGUGGCCGAUACAAAGGUUAUCAUUGCUUUAAGGGUCAGAGGGACCAGGUGUGUCUCUCUGAGUCUCUCUUUCUGGAAACACUGAGUUUUACAUUUUGCCUUGGUGAUGCAGUAGCUACCAGGCUUUUGUAAUAUGAAGGUGUUGGUGCGGAUUAUAGACACUGAUAGAAAAUGACUGAAAAUGUAACUGAGAGCUUUAAAAAGAGCUGCAGACAUGCAGUCCUGUGUUGGAUUGAGGAUUUGUUUUGGAUGGUGAUCCAUUGGAAUAAAUGUACAUUAUGUUUUGGAUUCAAAGGUAGGAAGUAGAAGUCUGCAUGUGUUGUCUACAGCUCAGGCAGAUGCUGAGAGUUCAGUAACUGCAUGACCCACAAGGCUCUGUGGCUGACCAGUCUGUUUUGAGGAGGACUUGUCGGGGCAUGGUCGUUGUACCAAAUAUGUGGUGGCAUUGGCUAAAUGGGGUUUAUUGUAUUGUGUUUUUAUUUUUAAUAGUAGUACCGUCGUAUCUACUUGUGCACAGUAUCUGUACCAAAAAACUGGAUUGAGGAGCUGCAGUCUGCCUGUUUUGGGAGGAAUGAAAUUCUGUCUUUUUUUAUUUUUAUCCGCAGUCAUUUGACUGGCUUACGUACUUUAAGAUAUACCAAAAAUAUUUGUUAAAAUAAUUGCUGUGUGUAGUCAGUGUAGCUUAGUCUAGUCAAUAUAUUUAUGAGUGCAGAAUCUCUCUUCAUUGUCAACAGAAUAUAGAAAUGCAAUAUUUUGAUGAUCAUUUUCCAAAGAUGACCUGUUUUUUUGUUUUGUUUGUUUGUUUUUUUUUUUUUAUUUGACCAAGAGUGUCAUAGCUGAACUUUUAAUUGGUGGCACAACUGACCAAAAAACAGAGGGAUUGGCUUGGUUGAAGCUUGAGAAAUUGGUUUCCUUUCACUCUUUAUGAUUUGGUUUUUAUCACUGGGGCCUCACCCUGACGCCUGAUCCUGGUUUUCUGUGAGCCGUUUGAUGGCUUGUUUUCCUUUUUAUAAUCUGUUUUGGACAUUUUGGUAGCAGUUUUGAACAUUUCUGAAGCAUAACAGAAAAGGUCUGUUUUUUGGUUUUAUACUAAUAUUCAGCCAUAAAACAACAGCUUGAACCAAAGUGGUUUUUCCUCAGUAGUUGCUGUGCCUGUCUGAGCACACAAGUUGCCGUUUGUAUGAUCUCUACUCUCUACACUGCUGAUAAAUUAUUUUCCUCUCCUCCCACCCCUGUCAAUAUUUGAUAUUCCUGAUUUGGUGCUGCUGGAUAAGGAUCACAGAAACUUAGCUUUAACAACUUGCUGCUGAAACUCCUGGUGGAGUUGAGCUGUUGAGAGGCCUGCAUGCUUUCCUAUAGCUUUAUGACUACAUCCUGUGAAAAUCAGGUUUAGUGGUGUAGACCCCUCCCGUACAGAGGGCUCAACUAUGUAAAUCCAUAGCUCUGAUCAUCAUACUACACCUCCUCUUAUCACUGAGGUUUUGAAUUAGCAUAUUAACAAACAAUAUACUGCUCCCCCAAAUCUGUCUGUGGACUAGUUUUAAAAACCUGCCAGAUUAUUUCUGAGCACUGUUCAUGUGCUACACAUUUAACUAAACCCCACACAACAGCAUCAUUGUUCUGCUGCUUCCAAAUAACACAAUUAAUUAGCACAGUGAUUAUUCAAUCACUGAAACUUUAAGCAGUGAAAUCUGUCCAUGUUCUCCUCUUGUGUACUUCUUUUCUGUUGUUGAAUAAUUUUGACUGAAUAUACCUCAGCAGCACUUAAACAUAUAAGGUUCACCUGUAGACAUUUCUGUGUAUAGAACAGUGUGGAAUGUAUAAGUACUGUCUGGCUCGCCAUUCAAAGUUUAUACUGAUGAACCAUACAUAGGAACCAUACAUAAAAGGACAACCUACUACUGCUAUUUUCUAGUACUACUAUUUAUGGGGUAUUUCCAGGUUUAAAUAUUGUUUAGAGAUCCUUCUUGCCAAAGUUAAAGCCUUUCUCUUUGCAGCUCGGCAGGUGUCUGGCUGCUCAUGUUGCUGGUUUCCCUGUCACUGAGGCCUCGAGGGGCCUACAGGACUCAGUCCUGUUCCAGUGCUGUUUGUAGUUACUUAAGAGGUGAAUGCGUGCUAGCAAGUUGAACCAGUUGCCAUCGGCACCAUAGGAUGUUACUGAAAUAUUUAUCUGAGGAAAGACUUAAGAAUUAGAGAAACGAUCUUUUCUUAAUUCUAUACAUAUAAAUAUAUAUAUAAACACUUGUAAGAUAUUCAUAUUUUAUAUUUGAACCAGUAUGUUAUCAAGACUGAAUGUAGUUUAUCAUGCUUACUCAAAAAUCUCCCCAAAAAUCUUCCUUUUUUUAAUUAUUGCAAAAUUACUUCUUUUUUUUUUUAAACUAUAAAGACCAAAAAGUAAGAAAAGAAACCUGUGACCACGCCUCAGUCGCACGCGAGUCGCUGACACCUGUGUCUGUCACGUAUGGGUGGACACACAGGUCUGUGGUUGGCAGGAGAACAGAGACUCUGAAGCAUCUGAUCUUAAUCUUUUCAUAGAGUUUUUUUGUUUUGUUUUUUUGGUUGUUGUUGUUUUUAUUUUGGUUGAGUCAUUGUGGACUUGAUUUGCUGUGCUGUCUUUAACAAUCAUUUGAUUUUUUUCUGUAAUAUUACUUUAUGCCUUUAAUUGUUUUGUAUAGUGUGAGAGGGCACGAUCACUGGCUUUCUUAGUUUGACAAAGAAGAUUAACAUUAUCAUUUAUGCCUUAUUGUUACGUAGAAGACAUGAGCAUUGUAGCAUUAUUGUGUGUGUGUGUGCGUGCGUGUGUGUGUGUGUGUGUGUGUGUGUGUGUGUGUGUGUGUGUGUGUGAGCUCACCUGGUGCAUUGUUUUCACUGAAACAAAUACAGUGUACUUGGGGCAUUUUGGAGUGUGGGAUGAUUACGUUGCUACCUAUGUUUUUUAGGUGUGACUCAGACAGGUUGACGAUACCUGUGAAAAAAAGCUUUACUAAUAAUUCCAGCAGGUGGGUGUGCGUGUGUAUGUGUAUGAGUGUCUUAAAAAGAGAGAAUAGAGAGGGCAGUCUGCAAAGCAUUAUGGUGCAUUUUUCCCAUCUUCCAGCAGGUGUUUGAGUGAUUUUUUUUUUUUUUUUUUUUCAAACGUUGAGACAUGAAUACUUAUAUUUGUUGUUCUCUACUGGUUAUAAAAAGCCUGUGAGCCAGUUUGUGGUUAAUAAUGGUAAAACAACAGUUUGUGGUCAUAGUCUUGACUUUAAAAAAAAAUCUCUAUUUACCUUACUCGCUGUCUAACUGUUGAUCUACUUGGCACUGGCUUGGCUGUAACGCUUAAGUUUCAUUACGUGAUCCAGAGAUUUCAAGACGCUCUCGUGGAUCAGUCACACAUCAAUCUCUAGUAUGUUGACCCAUCACACUGGUUUGCUAGUUUUUAACGUUGAUAAGAGGAAGUGUGGAGCACCAGUAAGGCAAAAGGAGCUGUUGUAUACCUCAUUUCUAACUCAAGACUGAGUGAAACCUGCUUUAAUCUACUUAAGAAAUAAGAAAAAAAAAUAUUUUAAAAAAUCAAAAAACAAAAAAAAAACAAACACAAA